AUGUUCCAGCCAAACCCCCAAGACCACCUCCACCUGCGCCUACACCGCGCCCGGUCCGUAAUCCUAACCGCCGAAGAACUCGUCGAAAUCCGCGCCGCCCAACGAACCUUUGAAGGCGCCUACAUGCGCACAGCCCUCUCCCAAUUCUCCUUUGCCCUCAUCAUUCUCAAAAUCUUCACAUCAGAGUUCUACGCCAUCGGCGCCCUGUUUGCCGUCUACGGCGCCGCCGUCAUGUUCGUCGCAAUCUUCCGCCGCCACGAGGGGAACCGCCAGUUCUUUACGAGUCCGAAAGUGGACGAGGGCAGCGGCGUCGCGAGCGGGGGGCUGGUGCGCAAGUUUCGGACGAGCGGGAAUAGUGUUGCGUUGCUUACUGUGUUGAGUCUUGCUGCGUAUGUUACGCUUUUGGUGCUUACUUGGCAGCUCGUGCAGUGA